AUGAAUGAGGGGCGGAGGUUCCCAGGCGGGGAAAAGCGGCCGGCCAUGGUGAAUGAGGGGCCGCUGUCCCCAUGUGGGGAACAGUGGCUGGUCUUGAAUGCAGUGACUUAUGACGAUGUACAUGUUGACUUCACUUGGGAAGAGUGGGCUCUGCUGGAUCCUUACCAGAAGAGUCUCUACAAAGAUGUGAUGCUAGAGACCUACAGGAACCUCACUGCUAUAGGCUACAAAUGGGAAGAUCAUAAUAUUGAAGAACAUUGUCAAAGUUCUAGAAGACAUUUAAGGCAUGAAAGAAGUCAUACUGGAGAGAAACUUUCUGAAUAUACUCAAAGUGUUAAUGCCUAUACAUAUCAUAAUCAUCUUCAAAGGCAUGAAAGAAUCCAUACUGGAGAGAAACACUAUGAAUGUAGUCAAUGUGGGAAAGCCUUUGCAUCUAACAGUACUCUCCGAAAACAUAAAAGAACACAUACAGGAGAGAAACCUUAUGAAUGUAAUCAAUGUGGUAAAACCUUUGCAUAUCACAGUUAUCUCCAAAGCCAUAAAAGAAUACAUACAGGAGAGAAACGCUAUGAAUGUAAUCAAUGUGUUAAAGCCUUUACACAGAACUCUAAUCUCCAAAUACAUAAAAGAACACAUACUGGAGAGAAACCCUAUGAAUGUAAUCAAUGUGGUAAAGCCUUUACACUUCCCUCUAAUCUCCAAAUACAUAAAAGAACACAUACUGGAGAGAAACCCUAUGAAUGUAAUCAAUGUGGUAAAGCCUUUACACUUCCCUCUAAUCUCCAAAUACAUAAAAGAACACACACUGGAGAGAAACCCUAUGAUUGCAAUCAAUGUAGUAAAGCCUUUACACUUCCCUCUAUUUUCCAAAUCCAUAAAAGAACACAUACUGGAGAGAAACCCUAUGAAUGUAAUCAAUGUGGUAAAGCCUUUGGACAGCACGGUCAUCUUAAAAGGCAUAAAAGAACACAUACUGGAGAGAAACCCUAUGAAUGUAAGCAAUGUGGUAAAGCCUUUUCACAACACGGGUAUCUCCAAAAACACAAGAGAACACAUACAGGAGAGAAACCCUAUGAAUGUAAGCAAUGUGGUAAAGCCUUUGUAUGUUAUAGUCAUCUCCGAGUCCAUAAAAGAACACAUACAGGAGAGAAACCCUAUGAAUGUAAUCAAUGUGGUAAAGCCUUUGUAUGCGGUAGUUAUCUCCAAAGCCAUAAAAGAACACAUACUGGCGAGAAACCCUAUGAAUGUAAUCAGUGUGGUAAAGCCUUUGCACGGCACAGUCAUCUUCAAAAGCAUAAAGGAACACAUAAUGGAGAGAAACCCUAUAAAUGUAAUCAAUGUGGCAAAGCCUUUCCAGAUCACAGUCAUCUUCAAAGGCAUGAAAGAACUCACCAAAAAGGUUUCAAAGUAACUUAUUAUUAUUCCUCUGUUUAAAGGAACAUGUUUUAUAAUGACUAUUUCUGUAAUCAACAAACUAUGUCUUCUGAAAAAUAACUGGAUUUUAAAAAGAUGUAAAGUUUAAGGCUUAAGCUAUAUAGAUUCAAAAAAGUACUUAAAGGUAUAAAAAAUGUUUUAAGUUAUAUAAGCAUGAGUUUAUAUAGGGUUUGAGGACAUAAAAGCACAACUUAUGAUAAAAAUGAUUUAAAAUACAUAAAAAUAAUAAAAAAUGUUUCAAAUGUCUUCCCCUUUCUCUGCUGUUUUUAUUAUAUGAGACUUCAAAAAUUCAGUUUUGACAUUAAUCAAUAAAGCUCUGAUAAGCUAUUA